AUGUUGCUAGUAAGCAGUGCAAUACUUCUCCUCAACUCUCCACUGUCGGUGGCUCACUUCUCAAGCAACUGGAACCUCGCAAACACUUCGUGCAUCAACCUCAGCCAAAUUAUAAACAAAAUUCAAUUGGAGCGAGAAAUCUACUCAUUUCUCAUAAUCAACGCCUACGACUCAAGUCAGAGUUGUCUUUGUGACAAUUCCAUUCGAAUUCUCAGCGCUUAUGGCACUGUUAGGCUACUGCAAGCAAACAGCUCUUGCUCGCACACGCCCAGCCACUCCAAUGAUAAAAUCCUAUUGAUUCGUUGUUUACCGAAUAAAUUUGUGUCGGAUUCAUUGGAGGCGAUGGUCGGUUGUCUCAAAAACAAACGCAAUAUCCGCAUUCUCUUCAUCUGGGAUACCGAGUACAAGACUGAAUUGAUAAAAAACCCUGGAGAUCUUCAAAAACAGCAACAACUACUUUUCGAAUAUUGUGCCCAAAUGCGUUUAUUGAACGUCAUCAGCAUUUAUAGAGACUAUGUGGACGAUGGACACUUCUAUACUUUUAGCUACUUUCCUCAGUUCCAUCUCCAACGUAAAACAAUGAAGGAGGAUUGCUACCCCGAUCGCAUCAGAGACAUGAAGGGUGUCGCCAUACGUUUUGUUCCCGAGAGUGUUGAACCAUGGAUUAUUGUGUGGCGUGACCGGUUUGGUCAUUUUCAGAUUACUGGGAUUGUGGCAAAACUUUUGCGUGAAUUCGCUAAGCGAAACAAUGGUACACUAACCUAUUCAGUAAUUGAUAAUUUGACGGCAGUACCAAAUGUGUUAGCGUUAUUAGAGAAUGAUAUUGCCGACAUAGUGACUGGAAUCGCAAGUUCAAGCUUAAAGACAGCUGGUGUUGAUACUUCGACACCUUUGCUGUCAAUUGAUUGGAUUAUUAUGCUGCCUUUACCUCCCCUAGUACCCGACAGCGAAGUACUUUUAUUUCUGCUCAAUUCUGUGCUGGGAGUAUUUCUCCUCUUGCUCUUAUUCGUGUUCUCAUUCGUUCUUACAUUGGAAGGUUUACUUUGGCGCCGACGUUCUCCAAAAAACACUUUACGUUUCUUCAUUUGGAUAUUCACCAAUGUUGUACUCCGUAGUAUAAUUGGACAGCCCUCGUGCUCGGUCGUUCAUCUUAAGGCGAAAUUCACAAAACGCUUUAUUUACAUUUUUCUCUUGCUCAGUGGCAUCUUCAUGAGCACAUUUAUUGCAGCUGGUCUUAAAUCGUAUUUAACCAGCAAUCCGCGCAAAUACUCCCGUUUAACAACGUUCGAGGAGUUUAUAAAUUCAGAAAUAAAAAUUAAAGUAAGUGAAAAACUAUAUCGCACUGUGGCUUUUUAUAUCGAUACAAAAUACGUCGGAACCAUGGAAAACAAAUUCAUAAUUGAACCAUCGCUCGAGCUACUGCAACGUCAGCGUUCCUCUUUGGAUACACGAUUUGGUUAUACAGUAGGGGACCCAUUGUGGAAGGCAAUGUCAAGACAUCAAUCGUAUUUACCACGACCACUCUUCUAUGUGAGCGAAAAGAUUGAUGUGGUAAAAAAUCUUCUUCUGUCAAUACCUUUGCAAGAGCACUCCAUUUAUAAGGAAGCGCUCAACAAUAUGAUCCAUCAGGCACAAAGUAUAGGACUCACUGAUUUGUGGACCCGUCAGAUCUAUGAUGACAUGUUGGUGGCGAAAAUAAUUAAUAGAACUAUAGUGAAGCCCGCUGGAUAUGAACCAUUGGACUUGGAACAUUUCCACUGGUUGUGGUGGAUGUAUGGCUUUGGCGUGAGCUUAUCCGUUUUGGUAUUUUGCGCCGAGGUUUGGUUUUACAAAAGAACACAAAAGAAGGCUGUAGGUGAGCAGAGCAGAUUGAAGAGGAGAGUUCGAAGAGGUAGGAAAUGA